AUGUUUAGACUGACUUUCAAAUUGGCUGUGGUCUGCUGAAUUUGGGAAACAGUUGCUAUUUAAAUGCUACUUUUCAAGCCCUUUUCCAUGUUCCGAAAGUUGCUAAAUAUUUUCAAUUGGAGGCUGAAAAUAAUUGUGUGAACCGAGUGAACUGUGUUACAUGCAAAAUGUUGAAGCUGUUCAAUGACACACGAAACAAUGUCUCUGCACGUAGUCCAAGUCUCUUGUACAAUGCGCUAAAGAGAACUAAUAGACGAUUUUCUAAGUUCCUCGACGGGAAAAUGCAAGAUGCUCAUGAGUUCUUGGAAUUGCUUGCUGAGCAAAUGGAAACAGAAGUACAUCCACUGAAAUGGUCGGAAAAAUUCUUUGUGGCCGAUAUCAGGAUUUCUGUACAAUGUUCCAUCUGUCAAAACGUUUGCGAAACGACUGGUAUUUUGGGUGAUUUAACUCUCGAUGUUGGACAUAAAUCAAUUCAAACAGCUCUUGAUAUGUAUUUUGCCUGGGAGUCUGUGAACGAUUACGACUGUCACUGUUGUAAAAAAAAAGUAGCAGCAAAAAAGCGGCUUUCGUUGAUCAGCUCCCCGUCGUGUUUGUGCAUAACAUUGAAACGGUUUUCGGAGAAUAGAAGAAAAAUAAAUCGGAAAAUUCAAAUAGAGUUGGAUUUGUCGACCACCGGUUGUUUUGAUGCAGCUUCCGCAAAUCCAAGAGAUUAUAAAUACAAACUUACAUCCAUAAUCAAUCAUGUUGGGCGAAAUAUCAAUUCCGGUCAUUAUACGACUACCGUUUGCUCUGCAGACAACGCAUUUUAUGAGUUCGAUGAUACGAUCGUUCGCCGGUUGAAUGGAAAUGGAGUCAAGGAGAGCGAUGCGUACAUAUUGUUUUAUGAAUGCACAAAGGAAAGGCUUAUAGAGGAUGACCUAAACCAGUCACAAAGAGAAUUUCUAUAUGACGAACAUGAAGUACACUCGGGCAAUUCUUCACCAAUAUGGAAUAUGGUGGAUCUAACCAAAUGGGACGGAAUCGAAGUGGAGGUUCUUGAUGACUCUGGCCCAAUAUCAGAACUUCAAGAGGUUGUAUUGCCUUCAAUUCAUUCUCCACAAAAAGGAUUUAUUGCAAACAAAUUGGUUGGAGAGGAAAGAUCAUCAAUCAUCCGAAAAGUAAAAUUUCAUGCCGAUGAAGAUUUGUGACUUGUAAUGUAGUUGUUAUUUGUAGAUUCUAUCGAAAAAGCUGUGCACUAAAUGCGACGACUUGCUUAGGGCAAAAGAUACCGUUUCAUUUCGUUUUAUUUAUUGUGAAACCUUGUCAUUGUGUCUUUUUACGUGCAUUUAUAUAUCUGGAACAUGAAGUUCCGAGCUUUUUUGUUUUAUAUUUUUUAGUAUUUUUUGUUACCACGUCGUUUUACGUAUACAUUUCUGUACUUGGAACAUGAAGUUCCGAGCUUUUCUUAUUUUUUUAUUUUUUAGUAUUUUUUAUUACCUUGUGAUCAUGUUGUAAGUUUUUUUUGUAUUUUUUAGUAUU